UAAUAACGAUCCUCUACCUCAACCAUGGGAUGGAAAAUAGCGGCCACCGUACUCCUGCUAGGCCUUUGCAUCGCCUACAUGAGUGGCCUCUUCAGUUCACCACCCGAACCACCAGAGGUCGGUGAUGGCUGGUGGGGACGAGGUGUCAAACCUGAGAAGGAGGAAGACAAGUCGGUCAAGAAAUUCAACAUCCAUUUUCCGGACAAAGAUCUAGCGGAUUUGAAAGAGCGUCUUAGGAAAACCAGAUGGUUCGAGAGUGUGGAAGACACCAAGUUUAACUAUGGCAUGAAGCCCGAGCACAUGAAGCCCAUUGUCGAUUACUGGCUGAACAAAUACGAUUGGCGCAAGAAGGAAAAGGAACUUAACCAGUACCAGAGUUUCAAAACGAAGAUCGAGGGAAUCGACAUUCACUUCGUGCGAGUCGUGCCUCGAUUGAAGCCUGGACAGAAAGCCAAACCCAUCAUGAUGGUUCACGGUUGGCCGAGCUCCUUCUACGAUUUCUACCAGAUAAUCCCUAUGUUGACCGACCCCACUCGUCACGGUGGGAACGAGGAUGAUAUAUUCGAGGUUAUCCUUCCUUCUCUGCCCGGCUAUGGUUUCUCCGAGGCUGCUCACAAGCCAGGCCUGGAUUCCAGGGACGCUGGCCGAAUAUUACACAAGUUAAUGACCCGCCUGGGGUUCGACAGCUACUACGUGCAGGGCGGGGAUUUUGGAGCUGCGGUGGUGGACCAGAUGUCGGGAAUAGUCCCAAGCCACGUCCGCGGCGUCCAUAUGAACAUGAUACCCAUCCCGCCGCCAGUCAGUCAGAUGAUUCUGGGCAUUCUGUUCCCGUCUCUGGUGCUGGAGGACGAGGCGUACGGCAGGAUCAUACCGACCUGGGCAUCGAUCAAGGGUUAUCUUAGGGAGACGGGUUACCUGCACAUACAGGCGACCAAGCCUGACACAAUUGGUCACGCACUGACCGACUCCCCAGUCGGCCUCGCCGCUUACAUCCUGGAGAAGUACUACUGCUCUUCCCAUUUCGACCGGCUUGACGUGGACGACAGAGAGCUGAGCGCUCAUUGGUCCACCUCAUGGGACUACCUGCUGACUAACGUCAUGAUCUAUUGGGUAUCUGGCAGCAUGACGUCAUCCAUGCGCUUUUACAAGGAAACCAUGCCCAAAACCCUAGAACUAGCAAACUUCCUAAACACCGUACCGGCAGGAUUGGCAGACCCGCCCCGAGAGUUCUGUCGCUGCCAGAAGAACUGGGCGUCCACUCACUUCACGGACAUCGUCUCCUACACGACGUACUCCGCGGGCGGCCACUUCGUGGCUCUCGAGGUGCCCGAACUACUGGCCAAGGACCUCCGACAAUUCACGCAGAAGGUGGAGCAGCGUCUGGUGAAGAAAAAGGAAUAAACUGAGCUGAAAAUUAGUCAGAUAUCACGAUCAGGUCUACAUGCAUAUUCCCGUUCUCAAAACAGCGAAUGUGUAUACAAACCAAAUAACAUGUCUCCAGCCAGUUCUGCGAUCAACAAGUACUUUGGAAUGCCCACUCUUUCUUAGCCAGUGCUGGAAACCGUGUUUCAGUUUCUUCCAUCUUGACGCCGUCUCAGAUGCCGUCCUAAAAAACUAACAGGAGGUUCUCAUUCAUUGCAGUGGCUAGUAGAUUUAAAUAAUUGAUAGUUGUAUUUUCAAAGGUCCAUCAUUUUAUUGUCAUCUAGUCUCAUUUUAUUUGCCAUCAAAGAACAGACAAUAUGACCAAGGACAAUAGAGGGCGCUAUAACCAAAUUAGGCUGCACCUAAUAUAAUGUUUCCUCUGAAAUCUUCUAAAUUAAUUGGCGGAAUUUUCCAAACGAAGUUAUAUACUUCGAAGAUUUCCUGAUCAGCUGUCUUUUGUGUUGUCACAUUUAGAGCAAGCCAUUCAAGUGACACUUAAAAAUAGCAAUAUUAAUUUACAGUAAGUGUAACAAAAACAUAAAUGUGUAAUAUUCAAAUUCAAUAAUUUAUGAAACUGUGCAACAUUAAUUAUCCCCCCCCCAAAAAAAAAACCCAUAGAAUGAUCCUCGCUUUUUGGCUACCUUUUUGCCUUCCCCUAGAAUUAGCUAUAGUUUUCGCUCGAAAUUGUUAUUCAAAUCGAUUGCUGUUUCAUUGUCUUCCGUCAAUUUGAAAGUAGAUUUGACUGGGACUUAUUGUCCAUUUGCAAGGGAGUUAAGUUCAAAGAGAGGCUUAACUGGCAAGGAGCCAGCCAGUUGAUAUCAAGUCACCUACCUACAAACAAGGCAUGACAACUCAACUUGCAUUUAACACUCGAAAAGGCAGGCCUACUGUGAGCCUCACUUCUGUUCAAAUUACAUGGAGGAAGGAUCAUGCAUGACUGGUUCCGUGCAAGGAAUACAUAAUAGUGCAUUUUGGCUUAUCACCAUGAAUUUAAGAAACAGAAAUAAAGAACAUUUGAUAAAUUAUGAAA